AUGGCCCGUCGUCCCGUCUUCUCUUAUUCUUCUUCGCUCGCGUUGUUCGUCCGCGUCUUCGUCGUCUUCGUCUUCAUGCAUCUCGCGCUGUCUGGUGGUGGAGAUUCCGAUCUCGCUGCAAGCAAUUACCCUUCCGGGACUAGCAGCGGCUGCGCGGUCAUGUGCCGAACUUGCACCGACUUUCAUCCUCUUUCGUUUCUUCUUCUUCUGCCAACGUCAAGACUUCAUUUCAACGACAUCAAGGAAACUGGAGAGAGACAAGCAGACAAGACAAGCAGCGAGAAAACUACGGAGUACAUAGUAGUUAAAAGAGACGAGACGACCGGCGACUCAUACGGCGACUCAUACGGCGACUCGUGCGAGACAGCCAGGAUGUUCGUUGAUGGUUGCCAGGGAGAGAGACGAGGCUCGGCCGGAGGUUUCGCCGUCAAAGAUGACGCUUCUGACCCAGGUGGCAGAGAGGGCCGCCACACCCUCUCCAACGGCCUGCUUUCCGCCCUUCCAAACCCUGACCGACAUCUCAUGAGCCUUGAUGAUGAUACUGGGGUGGAGCUUGGUCGUACAGGGUGGCAUGCAGCUCCACGUCAAGCUUGCCUGUGA